AUGAAGGAUAGAGAAAGCGAAGGAAGUCUUGACAACAGAAUCUUCGUUGGAGGGUUGUCUUGGGAUGUCACUGAGAGGCAGCUUGAGGAUGCUUUUGACCGCUACGGAAAAAUCAACGAGUGUCAGAUCAUGGUGGAGAAAGAUAUUGGGCGUCCACGUGGUUUUGGGUUUAUAACAUUCACUGAUCGCCGAGGAGCUGAUGAUGCAAUUAAGCAAAUGCACGGGAGAGAGUUGGGUGGUAGGGUCAUCUCUGUGACCAAGGCUGAGCCUAAGGCUGGGGGAGAUGAUGUAGAUAAGAAUGGAGGCUAUUCACCACGAGGGAAAGGAAGCUAUGGAGGAGGAGGAGCUUCUGAGGAUGAGUGCUUUAAGUGUGGAAACCCUGGUCAUUGGGCUAGAGAAUGCCCAUCCACUGGUGGUGAUCGAGGACGGUUCAGAGAUCCGCCUGCAGUGCGCUCUAGAAAUGGAGAAUUUGAUGGACACCGAGACCGCUAUGGAGAUCGUGAGGUGGAACGGGAGCGUGACCGUUACAGUGAUGAGCGCCGUGAUGGUGGACGUGAGAUUAGCAGGAUGAAAGAUAGAGAAAACGAAGGAACUCUUGACCACAGAAUCUUCGUUGGAGGAUUGUCUUGUCAUAUCACUGAGAGGCAGCUUGAGCAUACUUUUGACCGCUAUGGAAAAAUCAUCGAUUGUCAGAUCAUGGUGGAGAGAGAUACAGGCCGUCCACGUGGUUUUGGGUUUAUUACAUUCACCGAUCGCCGAGGAGCUGAUGAUGCAAUCAAGCGCAUGCACGGGAGAGAGUUGGGUGAUAGGGUCAUCUCAGUGAACAAGGCUGCGCCCAAGGCUGGAGGAGAUGAUGUAGAUAGGAGCGGAGGCUAUUCAUCAUCACUAGGGAGGGGAAGCUAUGGAGGAGAUUCUGAAGACAAGUGCUUUAAGUGUGGACGCCCUGGUCAUUGGGCUAGAGAAUGCCCAUCAGCUGGUGGUGAUCAAGGACGGUUCAGAGAUCCGCCUGGACACCGGGACCGGUACGGAGAUGGUGAGCUGGAAUGGGACCGUUACAUGGAUGGGCGUCGUAGAGACCGAGACAGAUAUGAAACUCGUGAUCACUAUCCAAUGGAGAGAUAUGCGUCUCCUGGAGACCGGUAUGCAAUGCCUCAUCAUCUUGACAAUGAAUAUGGUGGGAGAGAGAGAGGCUAUGAGAGGGACAGAUACGCAAGAGGUGCGAGUGAUAGGUAUGGUGUGGGACCGUUACGUGAUGAAGGAAGAGCCUAUAGAAGCAGAUCAGGUCCUUAUGACCGUCCUCUUAGCCGAGCUUGA